UUUGCUAAGGACCCAAGAGAUGGAGACAGUGAUGGCAUACCUGGCAUUGCUGGUGAUGACUAUCCCACCUUGGCCCGCAUUCCUGACACUGGAUUUUCUUGUCGAAGUCAAGAAUUACCGGGUUAUUAUGCAGAUCAAGAAGCUCAGUGCCAGGUAUUCUAUAUCUGUCAGUUAGGUGGACGUCAAGAUGGCUUUCUUUGCCCCAAUGGUACCCUCUUCAAUCAGCAGCAUUUGAUAUGUGAUUGGUGGUAUAAUGUGGACUGUGAACUGGCAAUGGACUACUUCUCUGUCAAUGAACGUAUUUAUGCUGGACCUGCAUCUUCUCAACCCGGAGGAAGCGAAGAACAAUCCAGUACCACUGUCAGAGAAAAUGUGAACCAAGAAACUGCUGCAAGCGUGAUGAAUGAACAAACGGUUCGAAAUAAUAAUGAUGAAAUGACUUCCAACUUAGGCAGUGAAAUAGGCCCUGCUGAAGACCAUAGACUCCCCAGUGAAGGAGUCCCCGAAACGUCUGAUAGUGAUAGUGAAAGACAUAAUAUUGAAACAACCGGCACUGGUAUUGAAACAACUAGCACUGGUGAAAGUGACCCCGCCGAUAUAAGCUCUAAUACUGAUGUGCCUAUUGCAUUUAGUCCUGAUGACUUAAAUGAAGAUGGUGGUGAAGAUGAUGGGUUAGACGGUUCCUCGUCCACAGUUCAGGAGUCCGCAAGCAGUAGGGACACUGAAAUUAACAAAGGUUACAUUCCACCUCGUGAAGCUCCAAGUGCCCCCAGUGGAACUAUUGCUGGUGAUUCUGGAACUGGGAGUAGUGGAAAUAAUGUUGACGAAGUAACUCAAAAUACUCCUGUAGCUGCUACAGAAAUAAAUAACUUGGAUGAUUUACCAGAAUAUAAUGAUGAAAAUCCAGAUGUUAUGCAGCAAAGUUAUGGUGACAGAAUACCCCAGGAGCCGCCUUCGUCGCCAACACAAAUAGACGUACCUGAAGGUAGUCAAGAAACUACUUUGGCCAUUCCGACUUCUGGGCCCAAACAGGAAGACACUACCUACAUUGGAUAUUCUCUACCAGAGCCUUCCAGCCCUCUUGGCCUUCCAACGACCGAAAAUACUCCUAUUUCCAGAACCACCGUGAGAAAUUUUCCUCCACCUGAGCAACCCUUGGAACUCCCAGAUCAUUCAGGAAACGUCAGUUCUGACUUUAAUGACAAUGUUUUAGACCAACCAGCAAGAGACGGUGAGAGUGCUUAUACAGGGUACUCUUACCCUACUCCAACUAAUCCAUUAGACAUUGAUGCCGUUCCCUCCAGGCAAACUCCAUUCGACUCAUCGCGUGAUAGCAUAACAAAUGACAACGAAAGUAUCAGUAGCAGUUACCUGCCUCCCCCGCUGCAUCGUUUCCCUGAUGACAGCAACUUGAUCCCAGGAGGGAGUGAUGGGUCGUCUAUGGUAGACAGGACACUGACAGAACAAAGCUCUAUGGGACCUGGGUAUUCGUAUCCAACUCCUGACAAUCCUCUUGUAUUACCUGGAGUUGGAACCCCAGUGCCUCUACCAACAAGACACUAUCUACCGCCGGAGCAGUAACAACAAUUCCUUUUUAGAAUCUUUACUGACCUCACAGAUUAUAGAAUUUGAUGGCGUUGCUGAAACAACAAAACUUUUAGCAAAGGAAACAAUUUAACGAAUUAUAAAUGUUAUUAUAAGCUGUGUGAUUUUUCUAUGGUCAACAAUGUUCGUGCUAGUAACUUAGAAAUAGUACUAGCAAAUUGAGUAAGCAAUAAAAAUCGACUGAUCUUU